AAUGAAUUACUGCAGAAAGUAAAAACUUCAGAGUUUAGGUCAGUAAACUCUGGUCCAUUUAAGAAAAUGGACUACUCCUUUUUUGGUUUUAUCCCUGUGGAUCAUCAGUUUCUGCUGUAUCUGCUAAAACUUUCCAUUGAAAUUGGAACAGAAGUUAAAAACCAAAAUAAAAUGUUAUCAGAAAUGGAGAAUGAUUUUGACUCCACAGGUGGACUUCUAGGAGCAACAAUGGGCAGACUGAGAACUCUCUCCAGAGGAAGCCAGACUAAGCUGUUGUGCUAUAUGAUGCUCUUCUCGUUGUUUGUUUUUUUUGUAAUAUACUGGAUUAUUAAACUGAGGUGA